UCGAAGUCGUACUCAGCUUAAGUCACGCUACUGCUCCCGGUCCCGGUUCUCAGGUUCGAGGUCGUCGUGCGUAAUCGGCGAGCGUUGUGAUUGAAUUAGCUGUAGAUUUUUUGUUAUUAUUACGUGCUGUGGGAAAUAUCCCGUAAGAUGAAGUCAACUCGCCAAGUACUUGGGGUUUUUUGGACCAGUUGUCUGCUGCCGUUCACCGUUCUACAAAUUGUGCGGGCCCAAGGAAGCUGUACAAAUCCCCGCCAGAAUCCAGGACUAUGUAUGUCCAUAUACGACUGUCCCGCUCUGCUUGCCUUGGUCCAGCAGAGUGCCGUUACCACUCAAGACAGGAUGUUCCUUAGAGACUCACAAUGCUACAAUGGAUACGGCCGAUUGCCGCAUGUUUGUUGCCCGACAUUACAGACCACCACCACUACCACAGCACGGACCGUAACGUCUCCAACCAGGAGUGGCGGUCAGCAGGGACAACAAGGUCAGGGAAAUCUAUUGCCCUCGCCUCCGAAAUGUGGGCCACACUCUUUCAGCGACAAGGUCUACAACGGCAAUGACACGGCUCUUGAUGAGUUCACCUGGAUGGUGCUGCUGGAGUACGUUGAUCGCAGAGGACGCCGUGAGCUUAGUUGUGGUGGCAGUCUGAUCAACAAUCGCUAUAUUCUGACCGCUGCCCAUUGCGUGAUUGGAGAUGUUGAAAAGGAAGUGGGCCGACUCACCACAGUUCGCUUGGGUGAAUAUGACACCACCAAAGAAAUUGAUUGCAUCAAUGGAGACUGCAAUCAGCCAAUUGUGGAACGGGGCAUCGAGGAAAAAAUUGUCCAUCCCCAAUAUGAUCCUGCCGACAAGAACCGCGUCCAUGACAUUGCUUUGCUGAGACUCGAUCAGCCUGUGGUGCUCAAUGAGUACAUUCAGCCAGUUUGCUUACCCUUGGUCAGCACACGACAGGCCAUCAAUACGGGCGAAAUCCUAGUAGUCAGCGGCUGGGGACGCACCACCACAGCCCGCAAGAGCAACAUCAAACAGCGGCUGGAUCUGCCAGUCAACGAUCAUGACUCCUGCACGCGGAAGUUCGCCACGCGGCAGAUCAACCUCAUCAGUUCGCAGCUGUGCGUCGGCGGGGAAUUCUACCGCGACAGCUGCGACGGGGACUCCGGCGGACCGUUGAUGCGGCGGGCAUAUGACCAGGCCUGGUACCAAGAGGGCGUGGUCUCCUUCGGCAAUCGAUGCGGACUGGAGGGCUGGCCGGGGGUCUACACACGCGUUUCCGACUAUAUGGAUUGGAUCCAGGAGACGAUGCAGCCAUGAGUCGGGCAGCGAGCUCUGUUUUUGUUCAUUUGAAGUUUUAAUUAAAGGCCAAGUCGAGAGUGUUA